AUGAGCAGGAUUAAGGAGCAUGAAUGUCACAAAGCUGCCCCUUCAGAUAGGAACAGUGUUGUUGCACAGGCACGGAUGAAGAACAUCGCUUCCCUUCCCGCAGACAAUCGAGUAUCAAAGAUGAACAGGAAGGCAGGUACAGUUGCACCAUCCUCUGAUGAAGAAGAUGAUAUCCAACAACUGCCACUUGUUGAAUCGAAGCUCCUUGCACAUGACCCGACCUUUUGCUGCAAGAAUCCAUUUCAACACCAAACAGUGACUGUCCCCAUGACGUUCACAGACACAGAAAAGGCAUGCACUUCAUCCAAUCCUUCCACCCGAGAUGGAACUCCUCCAGUCAAGACAGCCCAAGAUGCUGCAAUGGAUGCAUGGAGGGGAAUGGCAACCUUUGCAAACACGGAGGAAUUCAAAGAUGUAGGGGUUACUCGACGGCAAAACAAGGAGUGGGGCAGCAAGUGGAUAAAGAGAUGGUGGGGUGGGAACUGGAAUGCUGCCCAAUGAUCCACUUACAAGUGCGUAGGUAGGAA